AUGGAUCUUUUCGAAAGUGCGUCGGCAAGACACCGAUUAUACUCUUUUUCACUUUCCUUUUCGGUGCUAUCAGCAGUCGGCGCACAAAAUGAAAUCAGUUGCAGUGGUGAUAAAAAGUGGGCGGCGACAAGUGUCCUUGGUGACGUAAAAGAGUUUGUAUAAAAGUGUGGGUUGACGCCGAGGCGCUCAUUUUCAACUUUUUUGAAACAAUCUAAAGUUUAACACAUCUUUUCUCUUGCAGUAAUGAAGACCUUCGUUUUGCUCGCCCUCGUGGCGGCAUGCUCCGCCGUGACCGUAAAGAUGUCGACCCAGCAGACGGGAUCGCUCCGCGCCAAGCUCAUCCGCGAAGGAAAGUACUCGGACUUCCUCGCCCAACAACACGCCGCCCGUAUCGAGCAGCUCAACACCGGCUCGCAGCCGUUCAUCGACUACUACGACGACUUCUACCUCGGCAACAUCACUCUCGGAACGCCAGCGCAGCCGGCCACCAUCGUCCUCGACACUGGAUCCUCGAACCUGUGGGUGAUUGACGCGGCGUGCACCUCGCAGGCGUGCAACGGAUACCCAGACUCGGGAUACACCAAGCAAAAGUUCGACACGACCAAGUCGACGACGUUCGUCAAGGAGACGCGCAAGUUCUCGAUCCAAUACGGAUCCGGAUCGUGCAACGGAUACCUCGGAAAGGACACGAUCACGUUCGGCGGACUGACCAUCGCCACGCAGGAGUUCGGAGUCGCCACCCAUCUCGCCGAGGUGUUCGGCUAUCAGCCAGUCGACGGAAUCCUCGGACUCGGAUGGCCAGCACUCGCCGUCGACAAGGUGACGCCGCCGAUGCAGAACCUGCUGCCGCAACUCGACGCCCCGCUCUUCACCGUGUGGCUCGACCGCAAACUCAACAUCUCGCAGGGAGGAUCCGGCGGUCUCAUCACCUACGGAGCCGUCGACACCGUCAACUGCGCCUCGAACGUCACCUACGUGCCGUUGACCGCUCAGACCUAUUGGCAGUUCGCUCUUGACGGAUUCGCCGUCGGAACCUACUCGGAGAGCAAGAAGGAUCAGGUGAGUGUGUUGGUCGUGGUAUUAAAAUCUAAAAUCGAUGCAUUUGCAGGUCAUCUCCGACACCGGAACCUCGUGGCUCGGAGCCCCGAACUCGGUCGUCUCCGCCAUUGUCAAGCAGACCAAGGCCACUUUCGACUGGACCUCGGAGCUCUACACCGUCGACUGCUCGACGAUGCAGACGCAGCCGGACCUCGUGUUCACGAUCGGAGGAACCGCCUACAACGUCAAGUCGGUCGAGUACAUUCUCGAUCUCGAGCUCGGCGGAGGAAAGUGCGCGCUCGCCGUCUUCUCGAUGGGAUCCGGAGGCUUCGGACCGUCGUGGAUCCUCGGAGACACGUUCAUUCGCCAGUACUGCAACAUCUACGACAUUGGAAACGCGCGCAUCGGAUUCGCGCAGGCCAACCACAGCUUCUAA